AUUAACUACCCGGCUAUGCUUAUGCUCUCAUAUCACUCCUUCAUUCUCACACCCAUCUUCAAUUCUAGUUGUGUUGUUACCCUCUCUUGGAGAACAACAUGAAUCCAUGGAAUCUCACAGCUUCUGAGUUACUCUCUCAACAAUUUCCUUCUCCCCCUCAUCAUUUUGUAGAAGAGAUUCCAAACUUGGGAAAUUCCAGUGUUAUGAAGCCAUUGACCAAGGAGCCUAGAGGUGCCCAAUUGACAAUAUUUUAUGAUGGGAAAGUUUUAGUCUUUGAUGAUUUUCCAGCCGAAAAAGCCAAGGACAUCAUGUCCUUAGCCAGUAGAAAAGGAAUCUCUCAAAGCACGAACAACCGUGCUAAUGCAAUGAGAAACUCUGCAAUUUCUAGUAGUCCAUUUCCUUAUCAUAAUAAUAUCUUCCCUAGCCCUGCCAACAAUUCCAUUCAGAAGCAUCCUCAAGCACCAUCCAAGUCUCUUGUUUGUGAUCUACCAAUGGCUAGGAAAGCCUCACUUCAUCGGUUCUUGGAGAAAAGGAGGAAUAGAAUUGCUGCCAGAGCACCAUAUCAAACAAGCAAUUCCAUGGCAAAUUUCAAUAAGUCGGCUGAAUCGAUGUCGUGGCUCGGCUUAGCACCUAAAUCGCCACAAGAGGAAUCUGAGAGCAGCUCCAGCUUUGUGUUAUUUUAACUACUUUUGUUGAACAAAGUUCAGAAUACUAUAGCAUCAAUUGAUUCUUGUAGACUUCAAAAGGCUUGGUCGAUGUUAUUUGCUGCAUGGAGUCUUAACAAUUUGUGGGGCUAUCAUUAGCCUCAUGCUCACAUUUAGGGGCGUAUGCCAUGAUCACAAUUAUAUAUUUGUGAAUGUUGUUGCUAAUGCAUGCUAUUACCAUACUCAAAAGUGUAAUUUUGGAGUGAAAUUGUAAUUUGGAUAGCGAAGUUAGAGUUAAUUAGAUUAUUUUUUAGAGUAGCCACUUUGUAUAAUUUAUUUGCUUUCCUGCUAGUAUGUGAGCUUAAAAACAUUCUGUUAUCCAGUAAAUUUCAUUUUUU